AUGGCUGAAGAAACAUCUAAUUCUAAUGAUUACGAAAUAGAAACGUCGGAAAACAAUGAAUCAUCAAAUUUAGAUGAAUUUCGAGAAAUGGUAAAUGUUGCACUGAAUUUAGAUGUAUCUGCUGAUACAAAUAAUGAGAAAGCAUCUAUUGAUGAACAAAGUAUUAAUCAAGCUUUAUUAUCACUAGAUAUUUGCGAUGAUACUCGACAAAUAAAUGGAAUUAAUACUAACACAGCUGUUUCAGUUGCAGAAGUACCUAAUGAUAUAACUGAUAGUCUUAAUGUAGCUGCGAAACAAUUCUCUUUACUCUAUGAAAGUGUUGUUAAUGUAUCAACAGCUGAAACAGAUGAAGAUUUUAUUGACGAUUCACUUGAAAGAGAAGAUGAAAUAGCUAGUAAUUAUGGCAGACCAUGUUCAGAACAAAAAACAGUUCAAUUUCAAUCUUCCUCAACCACUCCUAAACCAACAACUUAUAUAACUACGGCUGGUUACCAACAACCAAAACGACAUAUUAUGAUAAGUUAUAAUCGUUCAUCACGUGAAACAUGUCAGAAAAUUUAUGAUCGCCUUGUGGAAAGAAAUUAUAAAGUUUGGAUGGAUUUAACGGAUAUGGGUGAUGAUAUACUUGUUAGUAUGGCUCGAGCUGUAGAAAAUUCUUAUAUUGUACUUCUUUGUAUUAAUCAAAAAUAUUAUGAAAGUGAUUAUUGUCGAUUAGAAGCUGAAUAUGCAGCUGAAAAUCGUGUUAAAUUUAUUCCAUGCUUAAUGGAAAAAUCUUUCCGUGCUGAAAGUUGGUUAGGUAUUAUAAAAGGUUCGAACGUUCAUAUUGAUUUUUCAUCACCCGAAGAUUUUGAUGAAUCAUUGGAAGAAUUAAUUCGUCAAAUAACAUUUGUUGAAAAAAAAUUAUCACUACAACCUCGUAAGAUUUUAUUUCUUACAACAUGA